AUGAGCGCGUUCCGGGCGGCAUUGGGAUUGCUGUUCCUGGGGAUGCUUCGAGCCUUCCCAAAGGAUCGACCGCUCAAGAGCACCUGUGCUGGAGUUCUCAGCUACAACCCUGGGGAGGCUGUGGGGAGCUGCUGUCACCGUUGCCCCUCAGGGUUGUCUCCAACACAGCCAUGCCCACAGGGCCCUGCCCACUGCAGGAAGCAAUGUGAUCCCGACCACUACGUGAAUGAGGAUGGGCACUGUACAGCCUGCGUGACCUGUUUGAAAGGUCUUGUGGAGAAGGCUCCGUGUUCCUGGAACUCUUCUCGUGUCUGUGAGUGUCAGUCCGGCACGUACUGUAAGACGCAGGCUGUCAAUUCCUGCGCUCGCUGCUCCCAACAUUCCCGCUGUUCUGGGGGCCAGGUCGUCAAGUUCCCAGGCACAGCGGAGAAGGACACUAUCUGUGAGCUGCCUUCCCCAGGACCUGGCCCCGAUUGCUCCAACCCAGAUGACUGCAAGACAUUUACUAGCCAUGCCAUUGCUCAGGCCACACCUACUCUAAAGCCCUCAGCCACCGACAGUCCGAGGAGCUUGCUGCCAGAAGGGAACACCCACCCUAUGCAGGAAGAUGCUGCUGAGCUGUCGAAGGUUCCAGAGUCUCCAUCUUCCCAGGCAAGGGAGCCCAGUCCAGACCCAGAUAAUGCAGAGAUGAAUAUGACCUUGGAGGUGCUACCUUCAGGGACCCUUCCUGACUUCAGCACCUCAGAAAACAGCGAGGAGCCUGCCAGUACCGCCUCUACCCUGAGCCUCCUGGUGGACGCCCAGACCAGCAGCAGGCUGCAGCCCACUUCUCCCUUGUCCACAGGAACACCUUUUCUGGAUCCAGGGCCCAUGUUCCUCUGGCUGGCCAUGGUGAUGCUGCUCCUUGGCUUUAGCUCCUUCUUCCUAUGUCACUGGAAGGCCUGCAGGAGGAGGAUCCAACAGAAGUUUCGCCUGGACUACCUAACCCAGACCUUCCAGCCAAAGAUGGAGCAGGGGGAUUCCAAACCUAUUGAAAACCCAACUCAGCCAAAGAGAAGCGGGUCAGUGACAGAUGCCAGCACAGGACACAAGUUGAGCCCCGUGAACCCUCCAACCAUGCAGAUGUGUACCAAUGUUGGGGCAGCCUUCCUGGAGAGCCUGCCACUGUUGGAUGACAGCACAGCUGGGAAUCCUUUGACCCCCAGGGAACCUCCAGAGACCCGGGUAUCCACGGAACACACGAACAAUAGGAUUGAGAAGAUCUACAUCAUGAAGGCUGACACGGUGAUUGUGGGCUCUGUAAAGACCGAAGUCCCUGAGGGCCGGGGUCUGGCGGGAUCUCCGGAGCCUGAGCUUGAAGCGGCAUUGGAAGUGGACCAUGCCCCUCACUACCCGGAGCAGGAGACAGAACCACCUCUGGGCAGCUGCACUGAGGUCAUGUUCUCAGUGGAGGAAGGGGGAAAGGAGGACCACGGGCCCACGAUGGUCUCUGAGAAGUGACACCCAGUGUUAGCUGGGGCUAGAGAGCAGCUGAGUCUACCCUCAAGAUCAGGUUAGCUCCAAGCUGGAAAGCUAUUGUGGCUUGAACUAAAGCCCCAGAAUUCAGUGGUAGCCCAGAGUGAAGCCUUCAGCUGCUGCCCAGAGCACUGACUUCUGUGUCCCCAUGGUGGGCACUCGCUGUCAGGCUAGUGUCCGCUCAGGGAGAAGCCACAGGCUGGAUCCAAGCCUCCUUGCCAACACCCUUGUGGCUUGCCGUCUCUCCCUGGGUCUCAGGUGAUGGCUAUACUGGCAUGCUACCAGCCUCUGGUUCUUGUACACAUGGCACCCUGUGGGCAAAGCACCGGCACCAAUUGGUCCUACUCCUGAGGCAAAGGGAAGUUAAAGGGUGAACGCUCGUCACCACUGGCACCGUGACAGCCUGCACCCACCAUCACAUAGGCCUCUGCUCCACAGGGAAUGCACGCAAAGAGACUCUCCUGGCCCAGCCUCCCUGAACUGAAGCCUACAAAAUGGGCUGGAGAUAACUCAUUGUCCUUGAAUGACCCUACCACGAAGCCUUUGGAAACCCAGAUAUCUUUGGAUCCCCCCCAAAGUGGCUGCAGUGACCUCCCUUCCCCCAGCGCUGCUAGAGGCUCUGCUUUGCCCAGGGACUUCCUGUCACAUGGAGAUGGGAGUACCGCCAUCCCAGGGGUCCUCCGCUCUUUGUGGCACCAUCUAUUCCACCUUAGAAAUGGAAGAGCAUUGUCCCCUAAGCACCAGGAUCAGGCCUGGCACCUAGUGCCCCUGCUCUAGCGGGUUGGAGCCUGGAUGUCGCAGGAAGCCCGGUCACUCUGCUUGUCAUACUCUGAACUCGUGGUGAGGGAGCAAUACUGGUGGACGGACAUACCUGGAGUUCUGCUGAGAAUUGAACCCGUGGCCUUGCAUGUGCCAGGCAAAUGCGGCAGGGCCGGUUUACACCCCCAACCCCAGCAUCUCACACUAAGUACUAAAGCUGCUGUGACUGCCAGCCUGGCUCGCUCCCAGGACCUGCAAUAAACAAGCAGCCGACUGGAUGGGAUGACACAUCGGGCUGCUGGUCUGUGGCCACCCGGGGACUCUGGACUUACCCUUGGGCCAGGCAGGGAGAGUUCUGUUUACUCACUAGCUGCUCACUCUCUGGAGGAAGCUGGGGCCCUGUAAGGAAUCACAAGGGGAGUUUCUGAAACUGCCUGGAUCUUUGGGGGAACAUCAGAGCGGCUGGGUGCCACCAGGGCACCACCAGAGGCCUUCUACCAGGUUUGGGAUCCUGGCCAGAAGGGAUGUGUGUGGGGGCUGGGUAGUUGCCCAAUUGCCUUGUGCAAGGACACAGUGGGUGUGUGGGCAUACACAGUGACCCUAAAGCCAUGUCGUGAUGACCAUAUGGACACCACACUCCUGAGUGGAAGAUAUUGCCAAACUCUCUCUCUUCGCCCCCUCUCUUUAGAUAGGAUCUUUUUUUGUAUUCUAUGUUAGUCUCAAACACAAUAUGUAGCCCAGACUGACCCUGAACCUUUGACCCGCCUACAUUAGCUUCCUGAGUGAUUUUAGGUUUGAGCCACCAUGCCAGACUGCCACACACUUCAACAGAGUGACAUAUUCCUUUGCAAAGUGGUCCUUCACAUGAUUUUUGACCCUCUAAAAUGUGGAAGUGUGAGGCUGCAGACUGAUCACAGAAUAUGAGAGAUGAGGAACCCCUGAGCACCAAGGCUGGCAGCGGUCUCUCUUCCCCCAAGCAGGGAGACUCCAUGUAUAUGGCACUCACAGCUGAGGGUAAGGGGUCUGUGGCCAGCAGCGUGCCCCUUAAAUCUCUCCAUGUCCAUCCAGGCCGUGCCCUCCUUCCCGAUGAAGGCCUAGUCUCUGAGGAU